UAUUUGCACAAUAUAAACAACAGCAUCUUUAAUUGUGACCCCUUUUAGAAGGGGUCCAAAAUUUCAAGGCAAGCUUUUAUGGAUACACCACUCGUUAAUUAUAUCCAUUAUGUUUCAUGCUGAAAUAAUGGUAGUGCUCUUAAAGGUGCCACAAGGCAUAUUUUAGUUGUUGCCGUUGCCGAAACAGACUGCCUUUCUGAAAACCGGUAUGGCUCUGUAGGGCUUUUCAGACAAAAGAAAAAUUCCGAGCUUUAAUGUUAACCAUCCAGGCCUUUUAAAAAGUCACUCCUGCUUGGUGGCCUCUCUCUUCCUCGUUUAAUCAGCUGCUUUGCCUUCAGAAAUGAGACCAGCCACAUGAUGCCAUUUCUUUCCCCCAGACACGCGUCUCAUGUCACACGAAACGAGGCACCGCGUGUUUGGCUCCAGCCUUCAGGGGGAACGAGAUAGGCGGCGCACAGGCCUACUCCCCAAAGCAAUGACAGCAACUCUUACAACGGGGAUGUUUUCCCCAGAGGGCAGAAAGGCGACUGAACGGAUGGGCCUGGCUGAGGGAGGCGGCGAGCCAAGCCCCGAGAAGAGGACGGGCGCGCACGAAGAAAAGCAGACGGGGCGGCCUAGGCCGGCCUUUUCUCCUCCCCUCAGCUCCGCCCCGGUGUUUUUCUGCCCGGACCGGGCGCCGCUUUGCCAGCAGGCUCUUGGGGACGCCGGCGUGGCUCUUCUUCUUCAUCAUCAUCUUCGUUCCUUCGCCGGUUCGUAAAGGCACCGUCAUGGCCAUCUGGAGCGGCGCCGAGGCCGGCUCGGCCGACUCCUCGGUCCGGCCCAGCUUGACCUCCGUCUCUUCGGGGGAGCUGCAGAGCCUCCGGACGUGCAACUGCGAGAUGGCGGUGCUGUCGUUGCGGCAGCUCCUAGCCCUGCAGCCUCACGCCUUCCAACUCCACGGCGACACUUUGGCCACGCUCAACCCGCCGAGCCGGCAGCCCGGAGGCGGCUUCACGGUGCUGAGCGACGGCCUCGUCCAGCUGGACGGGCAGCAGCCCUGCAGGCUCACCGGUUACUUCAAGAGGUAUGUAGAACUCAAUACCCAUUACGACUAUAAAAACUACAGAGAGACCAUAUUGGGGCGUCCAUUGGUGUUCUUUGUAAAUGUCAGAACAAAACGUACUUCUUCAAAAGAAAAAACCUAUGCUUUGCUUGUGAACACUCGACACCCAAAAAUAAGAAGACAGAUAGAGAAUGGCAUGAACAACAUAAUAUCUUCUGUGAUAGGAGAAAGCUAUAAACUCCAGUUUGAUUUCCAGGAUGCUGUAAAGAAGUUUUUUCCUUCAGGAGCCUAUCUUGUGAAUGAAGAAAGUUUGAGCUUCUCCUAUGAAUUCAAAGUUGAUGCCUUAUUUGAUUUCUUUUACUGGUUUGGAAUCAGCAAAAGCACAGUUUCAGUGAAUGGAAAAGUUCUUAAUUUGUCCAGUACUAAUCCAGAGAAAAGAGAAAUGAUAACGAAAUUUCUGGACAAAAUGAGUGAACCAAAUCUGCGUUCAAACAGCUUUUCAGACAGAAAGUUCAGUGUUACUUCUAGAGCUUCAAUAGAUGAUGUAUUUAACAGCAACUUGACUCCACAGUCAUCUUGGACUGAGUCUCCUUUAACUGUUUGGACAGUUUCAGGAGUUCAGGCUUCUGAAGAUUGACCAAAUACUGUAAUUGGAUUUCCAUACUUUGGAGAAAGGUACAUCAGAAAAAGAGUGACAUCCUGGAAUCAUUAUUGCAGGAGUACUGAAAAGAAGAUGCUGCUCUGCUGCAUCAGACUUCAAAAAGCAGAAUAUUCUUGGACUCCACUUGCUUUCUUUGAUUCAUGAAAGCCCCUCCUGUUCCGCGAGAUGGUGCUUGCAGAAAUGGUUCUUCACUCAGCAUAUUAAGAGUUAUUUGGAAGACAGAGCUUUCUUGUUAUUGCUGUUACACCUAAGUAUAUAGCUAGAGUGCUAAAAAUUAUUUUAAAGUUAAUUUUUAGAGUGUUUUUAAAUAACAAGUUCUAAAUUUGAAAAAUCAUGAGCAGCAAGUUUAAAACCACAAGUAGUGAGCUGUUUUAUAACUGGUGUAAUACUUAUAACUGUCUUAUGCCAAGUCUAAAGGAAUUUGAAACUGACUUUAUGCUCAAAAAUAUAAAUCUGUUUGAAACUAAAUUUACUGAGGUUUUUUAAAAAUUGGCAGUAGUGACCCUGAAGAACUAGCAGAGACACUACUUGAAUGAAAGUGCUUUUACAUGAUAUUCAGAAACCUGUUACCUAGUUUGUAGAUACGUUCUGGUUGAUUCAGUUAGAUUUUGAUUAUUAGGUCUAGAUUAAAACAACAAUACUUAAUUGGUGAGAAAAUAUGAGAAAGUAAUUUCAGCUCCAUCACAAGCCUCCAGAAUCUCCUCUAGUCAAAAUGAUUAAUUUUCUGUGUUUCUACCUAAAACCCCUUAAGAUACAUUUUCACUUGUUUUUAGAAAACAUUUUGAAAGAAACUUGUGUCAAAGAAGAGUUGAAUCAUUUUUAUGCUACUCUUAUGUUCUCUGAAGUAAUAAACAGUGAUGACCAACUCUUGGCACUGCAAUUCAUAUAAAAUGCCUUAUUUCCUUAAUACUGUACUACAGUUUGUGUUGAUGUUAAUUUUUAACACAGAUGGGCUAAUUAUUUUGUCCUACAUUUUGUUUUUUAAAUAUCAAUUCAUGGAAAUAUAGGUAAAUGUGUAUUGCUGUUUUGAAAUAACUCAGUAAAUUUGUUUACUUUUACAGAUGAAAUAUACACUACAAUUUGUGUGAAGCUUUGCGUUCAUAAGAGGGUUCCAUCAGAGAAGUCUUAGUUGCUAUGUGAUACUGAAAAAGUGAAAAGGGCCCCACCAAUCAUGUGCAGAAAUAUCCCAUUCAGUUACAAAGUUGUGCAUAAUACUAUGAAGCAUUGUAGAGGGUGACUACAUGGUGUGAUUCCUGGUUGAGAGACUCCCACCUACCCUUUAACUUGUAAUAUUUGAAUACUUUUGCUAUUGUGGAUCUCCAUCCUUAUCCAGAGGAUUUUUAAAAGCCAAAAUGUAUUAAUCCCCCAAGAAUCACAUUCCUAGAUAUUUAUUUGAGGGUUCUGAUACUGCCCCUUCCUUUUUCUUGAAGGACUGUCUUUUAUACUUAUCUAAUUAGUGCAUACUUUGCAUACAUAGAACUGCCCCGGUGUUCUCCCAUGCAAAACCAAAAUGAGUAGCCUCCAGGUGGCUGCAGCCUGGGAUAAAUGUCUGUCCUUUUCAGACACUAAUAAAACAGGUAAACAUUAUAUGUAACUGGAGAUUGAGUCAGAAUUUAAUAAUCCCCUGAGGUUUUUUUUUAAAGCAUUCCAUACUAAAGAAGGUUCUUUGAGGCAAGGAGAUUAAUGUACAGCUGAGUGGGGAUGUAUCACUUUUGGGUGUAUCUGUGGUGAACAUUUUACCUUUUCUGUAUACCAUAGUAUUUGAACACAAUGUAUACUGCCAGAGUGUACAAGCCAGAAGUGCUGCCCUUGGAUAUUUUAGAUCUAUUAAGAUUUUACUGCAAGGGGCCCUUUUGGCAUUGCUUGAUAUGCUUUUCAUAAUGAAUGAGUCCUGCAAUAUGUUUUCUCCCAGGCUCUGUCAUAUUUUAAAUCCUGAUCAGAUCUCUCUGUAUAAGUGACCGUUUAAUGCCUUUGUAUAUCUUUGUUUUAUAAUAAAAGGAGAUUUUUAA